AAAGCGCAAGGAACGGGUUGGUGAGAGAGAAAAUCAUAACUUCUGAAACUCAAUUAAAAGUCACCAAAGUGAAAACAGCUUCAACACACUCUCUCUUUCUAAGCAGCCAAACUCUACCCAAUUUUUAUUUUAAUAUGUAUAUUAAAAAGAAAAUAAAAAUCCUUACUUCAUAAAACCCUCAUUUCUUUUCUGUUAAAAAGCCCUCUCUUCCUCUGUCUCUCUUUCAAUUUCUCCCCUUUUUUUCUUUUAAUUUUAUUAAAAAUAUUUUUUUGAUCUCUGUCAUAAACCCUGAUUUUCCUUUUAUUGGAUCUGUCAUUUCCUCUCCUCUCUUGAUUAUUCCUGUACAAAAAGAUAUAUAUAUUUUUUAUAAAUUGAUGUUGUUAAAUCCCCUGUUUGGUUUGUGAGUUUUUUUUUUUCCUUUCUGUUUUUGCUUUCUGGGAAAGUAAAGAAGGGGAAAAAAAUGAAAGUACCUUGUUGUUCAGUUUGCCAAACGCGUUAUAACGAGGAAGAGAGAGUUCCUUUAUUGCUUCAAUGCGGCCAUGGGUUUUGCAAAGAGUGUCUUUCCAGAAUGUUUUCUGCUUCAUCCGAUACUUCCUUGCCCUGCCGGUGCCGCCACGUGUCCCUUGUCGGUAACUCUGUGCUGGCUCUGAAGAAGAACUAUGGGAUUUUAGCUCUCCUUAACUCGAACCCGAACUCGGCUGGGUCCAACUCCAGGAACGAUUUCGAUUGCGAUUACACGGAUGAUGAAGGAGAUGAUGAUGAUGAAGGAAGAGAGGAUGAUGAUGAAAAUGGGGAUUUCUUCCAUGAAUUGACAGGUGGUCGGAUUAACCGCGGGUCUCAUGCUUCGAGUUCCGGAGGUGCUGCCGCUGGAUGCGGACCGGUGAUUGAACUGACAGCUCAUCCGGAAGUGAAGUUGGUUAGGAAGAUAAGGGAAAGGGAAGGGAAAGGAGGGAGAGCAGGAGUGGAAACCUGGGCGGCGGUAAUUAGUGGGGCCUAUGGAGGCGGAGGAGGAAGGCGGUGUAAGCAUAAGGUGGCGGUGAAGAAAGUAGGGGCAAUGGAAGGCAUGGAUGGAGAAUGGGUUCAAGGUCAACUUGAUAGUUUGAGGCGUGCAUCAAUGUGGUGUAGGAAUGUUUGUACUUUCCAUGGAGUUAUUAAGUUGGAAGAGAGUAGUUUGGGGAUUGUUAUGGAUAGGUGUCAUGGAUCGAUUCAAUCUGCAAUGUUCAACAAUGAAGGGAGACUUACUUUGGAGCAAGUUCUAAGAUAUGGAGCAGAUAUUGCACGAGGGGUGGCAGAACUUCAUGCUGCAGGUGUCGUUUGUAUGAAUAUAAAACCAUCCAAUCUUCUUCUGGAUGCAAAUGGUCAUGCUGUUGUUUCUGAUUAUGGACUUGCUUCAAUUCUGAAGAAUCCUGCUUGCCGAAAAGCACGGGCAGAAUGUGAUUCCUCCAAGAUUCAUUCCUGCAUGGAUUGCACUAUGCUCAGCCCACAUUACACUGCUCCAGAGGCUUGGGAGCCAGUAAAAAGUCUCAAUCUGUUCUGGGAGGAUGCAAUAGGCAUAUCAGUAGAAUCAGAUGCCUGGAGUUUUGGUUGUACAUUGGUGGAAAUGUGUACUGGUUCCAUCCCUUGGGCUGGUUUAAGUGCAGAUGAAAUCUAUCGAGCUGUUGUUAAGUCUCGGAAACUGCCUCCACAAUAUGCUAGUGUAGUGGGCGUUGGGUUACCUAGGGAAUUGUGGAAGAUGAUUGGUGAUUGCCUGCAGUUCAAGCCAUCAAAAAGACCCACAUUUAAUGCAAUGUUAGCAAUAUUCCUCCGUCAUUUGCAAGAGAUACCACGCAGCCCUCCUGCAAGCCCUGAUAAUGGCUUUGCCAAAUUCCCUGGAUCAAAUGUAGUGGAGCCACCAGCUGUGGCUGACUUAGAGGUUGUACCUGAUAAUCCUAACCUUCUACAUCGACUUAUUUCCGAGGGAGAUGUGAGCGGUGUGAGAGAUUUUCUUGCAAAUGCUUCAUCAGGAAAUAGUGGCACCUCAAUUUCGUCACUUUUAGAAGCAGAGAAUGCUGAUGGACAAACUGCUCUCCACUUGGCCUGCAGGCGAGGUAGUGCUGAACUUGUUGAGGCAAUAUUGGAGUAUGCAGAGGCAAAUGUGGAUGUUUUGGAUAAGGACGGGGAUCCUCCUCUUGUCUUUGCUUUAGCUGCUGGAUCCCCAGAAUGUGUCCUUGCCCUUAUUAGGAGAGGCUCUGAUGUUCAAUCCAGGUUAAGGGAAGGCUUUGGUCCUUCUGUUGCCCAUGUUUGUGCAUACUAUGGUCAACCUGACUGCAUGCGUGAGUUGCUAUUGGCUGGAGCUGACCCUAAUGCUGUAGAUGAUGAAGGCGAAUCUGUUCUACAUAGAGCUGUGGCCAAGAAAUAUACAGACUGCGCCCUUGUCAUAUUGGAAAAUGGAGGCUGUGCAUCAAUGGCUGUCUUGAAUUCCAAAAACCUGACACCAUUGCAUUUGUGUGUGGCAACAUGGAAUGUGGCUGUUGUCAAAAGGUGGGUGGAAGUUGCAUCACCAGAAGAAAUUGCUGAGGCGAUUGAUAUUCCCAGUCCUGUUGGCACUGCUUUGUGCAUGGCUGCUGCUCUUAAGAAAGACCACGAAAUAGAGGGUAGGGAACUGGUGCGCUUAUUGCUUGCAGCUGGGGCAGAUCCCACUGCCCAAGAUGGUCAACAUGGGAGAACAGCAUUGCAUACUGCUGCUAUGGCUAAUGAUGUUGAAUUGGUAAAAAUAAUUCUUGAUGCUGGAGUGGAUGUGAACAUCAGAAAUGUGCACAAUACGACACCUCUACAUGUAGCUUUGGCCAGAGGGGCAACAUCAUGUGUUGGACUGCUUUUAUCUGCUGGAGCAGAUUGUAAUUUGCAGGGUGAUGAAGGCGAUAAUGCUUUCCAUAUAGCAGCAGAUACUGCAAAAAUGAUUCGUGAAAAUCUUGAAUGGCUCAUUGUGAUGCUGAGAAAUCCUGAUGCUGCUGUUGAAGUUAGAAAUCACAGUGGCAAGACGUUACGUGACUUUUUGGAGACACUUCGUGAAUGGAUUUCUGAAGAUCUAAUGGAGGCACUAAUGAAUAGGGUUCAUCUGUCUCCUACAUUAUUUGAAGUGGGUGAUUGGGUGAAGUUCCGAAGAAGAAUCACUACACCUACAUAUGGGUGGCAAGGUGCAAGGCAUAAAAGUGUUGGGUUUGUGCAAAAUGUGGUGGACAGAGACAAUCUUAUCGUGUCCUUUUGUUCUGGAGAUGGAAAUGCUCGUGUAUUGGUAAAUGAAGUUGUAAAAGUGAUUCCUCUGGAUAGAGGGCAGCAUGUUAAGCUUAGAGCAGAUGUCAAAGAGCCAAGGUUUGGUUGGCGUGGUCAAUCACGUGACAGUAUUGGAACUGUUUUAUGUGUUGAUGAUGAUGGGAUUUUACGUGUUGGCUUUCCUGGAGCUUCUAGAGGAUGGAAAGCUGAUCCUGCAGAAAUGGAAAGAGUUGAAGAAUUCAAGGUUGGGGAUUGGGUUCGUAUUCGUCCAACUCUUACAACGGCAAAGCAUGGAUUGGGAUCUGUCACACCUGGGAGCAUUGGCAUAGUAUACUGUAUUAGACCGGACAGUAGUUUAUUGUUGGACUUGAGCUAUCUUCCAAAUCCUUGGCAUUGUGAACCAGAGGAAGUUGAGCCUGUUUCUCCGUUCAGGGUAUAUAAGAGACUGUGUGUGAAGCGGUCUGUUGCAGAACCAAGAUAUGCUUGGGGUGGUGAGACCCAUCAUAGUGUAGGAAGAAUUAGUGAAAUAGAGACUGAUGGGCUUCUUAUAAUUGAGAUUCCUAAUCGACCCAUCCCAUGGCAGGCUGAUCCCUCUGACAUGGAAAAACUUGAGGAUUUCAAGGUUGGGGAUUGGGUUAGAGUAAAAGCCUCAGUACCCUCCCCAAAAUAUGGAUGGGAGGACAUUACGCGUAACAGCAUCGGUAUAAUUCAUAGUUUAGAGGAUGAUGGUGAUAUUGGUAUUGCAUUCUGCUUCAGAAGCAAGCCUUUUUGUUGUUCUGUCACUGAUGUGGAGAAAGUCCCUCCUUUUGAAGUGGGCCAAGAGGUUCAUGUGAUGCCAUCAGUCAGUCAGCCUCGACUUGGAUGGUCAAAUGAAACUCCAGCAACUGUUGGAAAAAUUGUUAGAAUUGACAUGGAUGGAGCAUUGAAUGUGAGGGUGUCUGGCAGGCAUAGUUUGUGGAAACUCCCGGGGGAUGCAGAAAGGCUUUCAGGAUUUGAAGUGGGUGAUUGGGUCCGUUCGAAGCCAAGCCUUGGCACUAGACCAAGUUAUGAUUGGAAUACCAUUGGGAAGGAGAAUUUAGCUGUAGUGCAUAGUAUUCAGGAUACUGGAUAUUUGGAAUUGGCAUGCUGCUUCCGGAAAGGGAAGUGGAGUACCCAUUUCUCAGAUGUAGAAAAGGUUCCAAGCUAUAAAGUUGGGCAACAUGUUCGGUUUCGAGCUGGGUUAGUUGAGCCAAGGUGGGGCUGGAGAGGGACUCAAUCUGAUUCACGGGGCAUUAUUACUAGUGUUCAUGCAGAUGGGGAAGUGAGAGUUGCUUUCUUUGCUUUGCCAGGCAUGUGGAGAGGAGAUCCAGAUUUUGAUAUUGAGCCGAUGUUUGGAGUGGGAGAGUGGGUGCAAUUGAGAGAAAAUGCUAGCUGUUGGAAAUCUAUUGGACCUGGUAGUGUCGGUGUUGUACAAGGAAUAGGGUAUGAAGGAGAUGAAUGGGAUGGAAGCACCCUUGUUGCAUUUUGUGGCGAGCAGGAGAGAUGGAUGGGACCCACUUCCCAUCUUGAGAAAGUGGACAGACUUGUCAUAGGGCAGAAGGUGAGAGUAAAGCUCUCGGUGAAGCAGCCAAGAUUUGGCUGGUCAGGUCAUAGCCAUACAAGUGUUGGAACAAUAGCAGCAAUUGAUGCCGAUGGCAAGUUGAGAAUAUACACUCCUGUUGGCUCCAAAACUUGGAUGCUUGACCCAUCAGAAGUGGAGCUGAUUGAGGAACAGGAACUUUGCAUCGGGGACUGGGUUAGGGUUAGGCCAUCAAUUUCAGUCCCGACUCACCACUGGGGAGAGGUAACUCACUCGAGCAUCGGGGUAGUGCAUCGAAUGGAAAAUGGGGACUUAUGGGUGGCAUUCUGCUUUACGGAAAGGCUAUGGCUUUGUAAGGCUUGUGAGAUGGAAAGGGUCAGGCCAUUUAAAGUUGGCGACAAGGUGCGGAUUCGAGAGGGGCUUGUAACGCCAAGGUGGGGAUGGGGAAUGGAGACUCAUGCUAGCAAAGGUCAGGUAGUUGGGGUUGAUGCAAAUGGAAAACUAAGGAUUAAGUUUCAAUGGAGGGAAGGGAGGCCAUGGAUUGGAGAUCCAGCAGACAUUGUACUUGAUGACAGUUUUGGCAUAACCAGCACCUCAUGAAACAUUGCGUAGGCUUGUGUUUUGGGUUCACUUCUGAAGCUUGGUGACUCCAGGUUUUGGCCUCCCAGCUCGAUUAGAGAAGCCAGGGAGGUGUGAACAUUUCCACUGCAUUGUGUAAACAUUCUUGCUCGACGCACUAUAUGGAUUGUGGUGGGAGAUUGAAUUACAGGAUUGUUUAUUGUUAAUAAUUAGAGAGAGAGAGAGAGAGAGAGAGAGAGAGAGAGAGAAUGAGAAGGAUCUGGCUUGCCUCACUGUUAAUUAUAGGGAAAAAGGAUACGAAAGCAGCCAAUGAAAAACAAAGUAGCUUUAGGUCUUGUAUCUCAUAGAUCUGAUAUUGGUAGUUUAUAUAAGCUGCUGAGGUAUAUAUAUAUACAGAGAUGAAUAUGGUCAUUUAUUAAAUGUUAUUUUGUACAAAUUGAACCUUAUAAUGUUUCAGAGUUGUUUUUAUGA